AUGAUGUGUGUUUUGUCCUACAUUUUUAUUUUGAAUCCCAGCCCCCAUCUCCACGGGAGGCCUUUUGCCUCUUGGUAGGCCAUCAUUGUAAAUAAUAAUUUGUUCUUAAUUGACUUGCCUAGUUAAAUAAAGGUUCAAUAAAAAAUUAAAAUAAAUCACCAUGCUCAAAGGGACAUUCAGUGUCUGCUUUUUUUUUACCAUCUACCAAUAGGUGCCCUUCUUUGCGAGGCAUUGGAAAACCUCCCUGGUCUUUGCGACUUAGGGACCUUCCAGAUAAUCGUAUGUGUGGGGUACAGAGAUGAGGUAGUCAUUCAAAAAUCAUGUUAAACACUAUUAUUGUCACACCCUGAUCUGUUUCACCUGUCUUUGUGAUUGUCUCCACCCCCCUCCAGGUGUCGCCCAUCUUCCCCAUUAUCCCCAGGUUAUUUAUACCUGUGUUCUCUGUUUGUCUGUUGCCAGUUCGUUUUGUUUCGUCAAGCCUACCAGCGGUUUUCCCCUUGCUCCUGUCUUUCUCUAGUUCCUGUUUUCUAGUUUUCCUGGUUUUUACCAUUCUGCCUGCCAUGACCCUGAGACUGCCUGCCAUUCUGUACCUUUUACACUCUGAUCUGGAUUACUGACCUCUGCCUGCCCUUCACAUGUCGUUUGCCUGCCCCUGUUUUUGUAAUAAACUUUUGUUACUUCGACACUGUCUGCAUCUGGGUCUUCUCCUGAAACGUGAUAAUUAUGGAACUAUUAUUGAACAUGCAACUUAUGUGACUUGUUAACCAAAUGUUUACUCAUUAACUUAUUUAGGAUUACCAUAACAAAGGGGUUGAAUACUUAUUGACUCAAGACAUUUCAGGUUUUCAUUUUUUAUGAAUUUGUAAAAAUGUUGAAAAACAUAAUUCCACUUUGACAAUUUAUUUUCAAUUGAAUCCAUUUUAAAUUCAGGCUGUAACACAACAAAAUGUGGAAAAAGUAAAGGGGUGUGAAUACUUUCUGAAGGCACUGUAGCUAGGGCAUCAGUAUCUAAGGUGCAGGGUAGAGGACCAGGUGGUAGCUGUCUAGUGACAGUAUCUAAGGUGCAGGGUAGAGGACCAGGUGGUAGCUGUCUAGUGACAGUAUCUAAGGUGCAGGGUAGAGGACCAGGUGGUAGCUGUCUAGUGACAGUAUCUAAGGUGCAGGGUAGAGGACCAGGUGGUAGCUGGCUAGUGACAGUAUCUAAGGUGCAGGGUAGAGGACCAGGUGGUAGCUGGCAUGUGACAGUAUCUAAGGUGCAGGGUAGAGGACCAGGUGGUAGCUGGCUAGUGACAGUAUCUAAGGUGCAGGCCAGUGUACCGGGCGGAGGCCGGCUAGUGAUGACUGUUUAACAGUUUGAUGUCCUGGAAAUAGAAGCCAUUUUUCAUUCUCUCUGUCCCGGCUUUGAUGCACCUGUACUGUCUCUGUCUGCUAGAUGGUAGCAGGGUGAACAGGCUGUGGCUCGGGUGGCUGAGGUCCUUGAUGAUCUUCUUGGCCUUCCUGUGACACCGGGUGUUGUAGAUGUCCUGGAGGGCAGACAGUGUGCCCCCGGUGAUGUAUUGGGCUGACCACACCACCCCCUGCGGUUACAAGCGGUGUAGUUGCUGUAGCAGGUGGUGAUACAGCCUGACAGAAUGCUCUCGAUGGUGCAUCUGUAGAAGUUCGGGGGGUAUUAGGGGCCAAUACGAAUUUCUUCAGCCUCCUGAGGUUGAAGAGAUGCUGUUGCGCCUUCUUCACCACAGUGUCGUUGUGGAGGGACCAUUUCAAGUCCUCAGUGAUGUGCACACAGAGGAACUAGAAGCUUUUAACCCUCUCCACUUAUGCCCCAUUGAUGUGGAUGGGGGCGUGCUCUCUCUGCUGUCUCCUGUAGACCACGAUCAGCUCCUUUGUUUUGUUGUCGUUGAGGGAGAGGUUAUUUUCCUUGCUCCACUCCGCCAGGGCUCUCCCCUCCUCCCUGUAGGCUGUCUUGUUGUUGUUGGUAAUCAGGCCUACAACUGUUGUGUCGUCAGCAAACUUGAUGAUUGAGUUGGAGACGUGCGUAACCAUGCAGUUAUGGGUGAAAAGAGAGUACAUGAGGAGCUGAGCAUGCACCCCUAUGGGGCCCUCGUAUUGAGGAUAAGUGUGGCGGAGGGGUUGUUGCCUACCUUCAACACCUGGGGUCGGCCCGUCAGGAAGUCCAGGACCCAGUUGCACAGGGAGGGGUUCAGACCCAGGGACCUGAGCUUAGUGAUGAGCUUGGAGGGAACUAUGGUGUUGAAGGCUAAGUGUAGUCGAUGAAGAGCAUUCUCACAUUGGGAUUCCUCUUGUCCAAGUGUGAUAGAGCAGUGUGCAGUGCAAUGACUAUUGCAUCGUCCGUGGAUCUGUUGGGGCGGUAUGCAAACUGGGUCUUGGGCAGGGAUCAUCAACUAGAUUCAGCCGCGGGCCAAUUUUUUUAUUGUCGGGGGGCCGGCGGGUAAUUACAAAUAAUUGUAAUGCUGAUAUUACAGUGCAUUCGGAAAAGUAUUCAGACCCCUUCCCCUUUUCCACAUUGUGUUACGUUACAGCCUUAUUCUAAAAUGGGUUACAUAAAUAUUUUCCCUCAUCAAUCUACACACAGUACCCCAUAAUGACAAAGCGAUGACAAUUUUUUGGGGUGCAAAUUAAUAAAAAAUAAAAAACAGAAAUACCUUAUUUACAUAAGUAUUCAGACCCUUUGCUAUGAGACUCGAAAAUGAGCACAGGUGCAUCCUGUUUCCAUUGAUCAUCUUUGAGAUGUUUCUACAACUUGAUUGGAGUCCACCUAUGGUAAAUUCAAUUGAUUGGACAUGAUUUGGAAAGGCACACCCCUGUCUAUAUAAGGUCCGCCAGUUGACAGUGCAUGUCAGAGCAAAAACCAAGCUAUGAGGUCAAAGGAAUUGUCUGUAGAGCUCUGAGACAGGAUUGUGUUGAGGCACAGAUCUGGGGAAGGGUACCAAAACAUUUCUGCAGCAUUGAAGGUCCCCAAGAACGCAGUGGCCUCCAUCAUUCUUAAAUGAAAGAAGUUUGGAACCACCAAGACUCUUCCUAGAACUGGCUGCCCGGACAAACUGAGCAAUUGGGGGAGAAGGGCCUUGGUUAGGGAGGUGACCAAGAACCCGAUGGUCACUCUGACAGAGUUCCAGAGUUCCUCUGUUGAAAUGGGAGAACAUUCCAGAAGGACAACCAUCUCUGCAGCACUCCACCAAUCAGGCCUUUAUGGUAGAGUGGCCAGACGGAAGCCACUCCUCAGUAGAAGGCACAUGACAGCCUGCUUGGAGUUUGCCAAAAGACACCUAAAGGACUCUCAGACCAUGAGAAACAAGAUUCUCUGGUCUGAUGAAACCAAGAUUUAACUCUUUGGCCUGAAUGCCAAGCGUCAUGUCUGGAGGAAACCCGGCACCAUCCCUACGGUGAAGCAUGGUGGUGGCAGCAUCAUGCUGUGGGGAUGUUUUUCAGUGGCAGGGAAACUAGUCAGGAUCGAGGGAAAGAUGAACGGAGCAAAGUGCAGAGAGAUCCUUGAUGAAAACCUGCUCCAGAGCGCUCAGGACCUCAGACUGGGGCAAAUAUUCACUUUCUAACAGGACAACGACCCUAAGCACACAGCCAAGACAACGCAGGAGUGGCAUUGGGACAAGUCUCUGAAUGUCUUUGAGUGGCCUGGACUUGAACCCGUUCAAACAUCUCUGGAGAGACCUGAAAAUAGCUGUGCAGUGAUGCUCCCCAUCCAACCUGACAGAGCUUGAGAGGAUCUGCAGAGAAUAAUGGGAGAAACUCCCCAAAUACAUGUGUGCCAAGCUUGUAGCGUCAUACCCAAGAAGACUCAAAGCUGUAAUCGCUGUCAAAGGUGCUUCAACAAAUUACUGAGUAAAGGGUCUGAAUACUUAUGUAAAUGUGAUAUUUCAUUUAUUUAUGUAUAUAAUUUUGCCAACAUUUCCAAAAACCUGUUUUUGCUUUGUCAUUAUGGGAUACUGUAUGUAGAUUAAUGAGGGAAAAAAACUAUUUAAUCAAUUUUAGAAUAAGGCUGUAACGUAACAAAAUGUGGAAAAAGUCAAGGGGUCUGAAUACUUUCCGAAUGCACUGUAUAUUAUUAACCAUGUUACUUUCCACUCAGGCAUGCUUUGGGCCAGACUCAGGUAUGUGAUGGUGUGGACCCAGACAUGAGAUGGUCAGAUCACACAAUCAAGCCUCAGCUCAAAGGCAAGCGGCAGCCCCACUUGCAGAUACAGUCAUUCUGACAGAUUAUAUGUUUAUGCUCCAUCCUGUAAUCUUCCCUAGGCUCAUAAAAGUGGUGACCUAACAAUUUGAAAAUCCCGGCUGUUUUCUACUCGCCAUCCAUCACACAGUGCUAUUACAGGCUUUAAGAUGUUGACGCAGAUGUAAAGACCGCUUUUAUGGAUCUGGGUUUUUAUCAUCUCACCAUGGUGGGCCACGAAGACCUUCAGUGCAAUCAUCUCAAUUGUGUCUGUGAGACAUUGUAUUUAUGUUAUGAAUUCAAUGGCCUGUAUCCCUCUGGGUUGAGUGAUGUAGAGGCUCUCUAUAAGACACAUUUGAGUUAUGAGUCAAUUAUUCACGUGUGGCUUUAGUGGUAUAGGUGUUCUUUGUCCGGCAUGCAUUAAGCCCUGGGUUUUAGCAGUAUAAAGAACAUGACCCCACACAGACACAUAGCCCAGAGAGAGAGCCUCAUCACGGACUCCCCAUUGGCCAGGCUUAGACCCCAGGGCUGAGAAAGCUCUCAUCCAAUAAGACGCCCCGUGAGGAAAGCCCUCGUCCAAUAAGAUGGCCCCCUGGGGUGAGGCUGGCGGAUUACCAGUCUGCCCCUGGUGUUUGGGGCAGUGGGGGCACGAGCGAGGAGUGGGAGGGAGUGCGGUCACCAGGGCCAGCGGGCGCCUUUAAAUGGUUGCUAGGGAGCAGGUAUCAAAGGUCUGUGAUUCGCACACAGUCACGGUCAUGGAGGAAUUAAACAGCAACAAAGAGACAGUUAUUCUGCAAUAAUCCGCACUGCGGAGGGCAAGUUAUUCUCCAAUAAUCAGAGCCACUGAGGGGCCAGCCAACGGAGGACUGUGAUCACAAGAGCAUGGUACUGCUCAUACACACACCUUACACAUCCUUUGUGCACCCAUACACAUAUAUAUAUAUUUUUACAAACCAUGCCAUUUUUUCUCUCUCUCUCUCUCUCUCUCUCUCUCUCUCUCUCUCUCUCUCUAUCACACUCACACUCACACUCACACACACACACCUCCAUCCCUCACAGUGUCGUAGCGUGGGAGGAUCGCUGUAAUCGGCCUCAGAGCCCUCUCCCAGAUAGAGAGGUGUUCACUUUGAUCUCCUCUGGGUGGUCUGGAGCCAGUAGGAUUGGGAAUAUAGAGAUGGAGAGAGAGGGGUGUCUAUGGGAAUAUGAAGACACACAGAGAGCUUAGGGGUGAAUCAAGGAUCAACUCCCAUAAAGACUUAGACCGGUGAAAAUAGUGUAUUGUCUUCCUCUCACCGUGAGAUAAGAUGAGUUAUACCUUACAUCAAUGAGUUGGGACUCCACUGAUUAUUCGUGGUUGCUUAGGGGUGUAAGUGAACACUGUACAUCCUCAUUUGAAGCACUAAGGACCUCCUGUAUUCAACGUAAAGUAGCCAGUAGCCAGCAGGCAUUUGUAGUAUUGAUACAGAGGGUAGUGUGUACAUGUAACAUGUCUGUGAUCUUAGAUGCAGAACUGAACUGUCUCUGUCUUCAUCUUUCUUCUUCGUCUUACUUUCUCUCUAUUUCUCCCUCCUCCCUCUCUCUGUCUCUCAGGUGUGAGUUGCUGUGUUGUCUAGGUUCAGAGUUCCGGCGGGGUGCAGGUGUGUUGGAUAUAGUAUAUGAGUCGCCCUUCCAGCUGCUCACCUGUGGCUACGACAACUAUAUCCGCUCUUGGGACCUCCACCUCAGUCCCAGGUACACUGUCUGUCCAAUCAAUAAUUGUUUUCGUGUUAAUGUAUGCAUAAAUUGUCAAUGUACUAUGGCACAUAAUGUAUGGCAAAAUGUACCUCCACCAAUAUAGCACAUGCAGCAAUAUACAUGAUAAAACUGUUAAUUCCGGCCAAGCAUUAUGAUUGGCAAAGAAGCGUUCUGAGCCGUGCCGAAACGAGAAUAACGUCACGUCUACAUCAUAUACAUCAACACACAGCACUAGCAACACAGUCCAUUCAUUCUCCCUCCCCUCCAUCUUCCAAAGAAAAAGAGCGCAGUGUGUCCCUAUCCAGUCCACUCUGGGCGGUGCCCGUAUUGAUGCGGACCUUUGCACAUUUCCACAACAAACCAGGUCCUGCUAUCAAAAGGGAGUGUGACAUUUCUUUUGGGUGGGGUGUGUAUAUAUGUGUGAGGGUUUUUUGUGGAGGGGGGGGGGGGGUCCAGUCAAGUAACACAAAUAAAAGCUGAUUGUCAGUUAGCUCUGGGGAGUUGAGCGGAGGGUUGGGCUUGGAUGGGGGUCCCUCUUUAGACAUCAAUAAUUCACACACACAGCACCCCCAAGAGGCUCCCUGGGACAGUGAGGAGGCGCAGGGUUGUCUGGACGUUGGGUUCCCACUGUAAGAAGGAUUUUGAGUCCCGCAGAUGCCUGGAGGGUAACCGACCAGCGGACAACAACACACACUUCAUUCUCUGUCUGAUAUACAUUGUUGUCUUGGUGUUGUAAAGCACCUGUCUCUUGUUAUGGGUUUAUGUUGUGUAGGGUUGUUGUGUCUUUUAUCAGGUUGAUCUAUCUUCUCAUGGUCUUGUUGAAUAUGUGACUUUUGUGUGUCAGGUUGUUUCAUCAUAUUUCUGGGGUUAUUUCUUUGUAUUUAUAGUAUGGCUUUUUGUAAUUGGGUCAUCAUGGCAAAUCGUUUUCUCAUGUGAUGUGGUAUUGUUCUAUUUAGUUAUGUAGAGAUGGCUGUGACAUUCUCUGAGUGCGAUGGUCAGUGUGUAUGCAUCCUCUCUACAAACUGCUGCAUUCUCACCUCGUCUGACUACCCACACACCACGUCGGCUAUAGGUUUGGCAGAGAGAGGGAAGACGAGCGAGAAAGAGAGAAAGAAGAGUCAGCCCAAUUGGACAAGUCAACCUCAGGCACUCUUGUCUCAAAUUGUCCCAGAAAAACACACUCAGAGAAACCGACACAGCUCAAACUCUCUCAGAUACACACAAUAGUAACUCACUGCUUGACUUUAACCUCAAAUGCCAAGAGGGGUAAAGUAGUCUGGUGAUGGGGACACUCCUUCGAGUCUGGCCGAAUCAGAGCUAUAUGUGGCUAUAUUUGGUGUCUCUCAACACUUUAGAACACAAUGACAGUGAAUUGACCUCGCACUCAUUGGAUUGCUAAAAUUAGGACGAAAAGACUGUGUGUGUGCGUGCCUGUGUGUGUGUGCAUGCCUGUGUGUGUGUGUGUUUCUGUACGUGUCUGUGUGUGAGAGUGACUCCAGACGUCUCUGCUGCCCUGCUGUCUGCUCCCGGUCCCUGUGCAUCACUUAUUGAUGAGUCUCUAAUGGAUGAUCGAUCUCCAUUGGCAGAACCCCUAAAAUACUUCCCCUACCACCACCUCUUUCCCCACCGCAAACCCAGCCAGCACUCCAACACCCCAGCGCCUUUUCGUAAACAACAGAUGAAGUUUCAGCAUCCGCAAAAAACUCACACACAAACCUCACAUCAUACACCCUUCUCAAAACGUACAAAAUCUUAACCUCCUCAAAACAUGCACACACACAUUUGCCUUAUUAAAAUUCUUCAAAGUACACUCUCUCCAAAAUCCAGUCACAUUCUGCACUGUGAGGUAGUGGUCCUUCUGCCCUAGGUCAUCAAAGUAAGUUGAACAAAUUAAUGCUGUAAUGCUGUCAUUUUGGACUAUUUCAGCUGCUGCAAUUCAUAGUAUUUCAAAUGAAGCUGAUGUCUACUUUUUCCCAACAUCCUCCUGUCCAACAGGAAGUGUGUCAUGGAGUGGGAGGAGCCUCACGACAGUGCCCUCUACUGCAUCCAGACGGACGGGAAUCACAUGACUGCCAGUGGCUCUUCCUACUACUACGGCGUCAUACGGACAUGGGAUAAUUGUUAUUAAAAAAUAUUAUUUAACCUUUAUUUAACUAGGCAAGUCAGUUAAGAACAAAUUCUUAUUUUCAAUGACGGCCUACACCAGCCAAACCCGGACGAUGCUGGGCCAAUUGUGCGCCGCCCUAUGGGACUCCCAAUCACGGCCGGUUGUGAUACAGCCUGGAAUCGAACUAGGGGGUCUGUAGUGACGCCUCAAGCACUGAGAUGCAGUGCCUUAGACCGCUGCGCCACUCGGCAGACCCGCUGCUUAGAGGUAUGUGUGUGUGUGUAAUAACCAAUUUGUGUGUGGGUGAGUGCCAUUUAUGACUGUUGUUUUCCUUGCCAAAGAUGUUCCAGUUGUCCUCUGCUGUGAGCAGCCCAGUGUACUGCCUUUGUUUCAACACCUCUCACCUGUAUGAUGCCCUCGCCACAGCACUGCACUCUCUGGACUUCAGACAGGGCCCCCGCCAUGACAGAUAACACCCACUCCCACAGACAGCUGUUGGGAUUUACAAUACCAGUCAAAAGUUUGGACACACCUUAUCAUUCAAGGGUUUUUCUUUAUUUUUACAAUUUUUUACAUUGUAGAAUAAUAGUGAAGACAUCAAAACUAUGAAAUAACACAUAGGGAAUCAUGUAGUAACUCAAAAAGUGUUAAACAAAUCAAAAUAUAUGUUAUAUUUGAGAUUCUUCAAAUAGCCACCCUUUGCCUUGAUGACAGCUUUGCACACUCUUGGCAUUCUCUCAACCAGCUUCACCUGGAAUGCUUUUCCAACAGUCUUGAAGGAGUUCCCACAUAUGCUGAGCACUUGUUGGCUGCUUUUCAUUCACUCUGCCGUCCGACUCAUCCCAAACCAUCUCAAUUGGAUUGAGGUCUGGGGAUUGUGGAGGCCAGGUCAUCUGAUGCAGCACUCUCCUUCUUGGUAAAAUAGCCCUUACACAGCUAGAAUGCUGUGGUAGCCAUGCUGGUUAAGUGUGCCUUGAAUUCAAAAUAAAUCACAGACAGUGUCACCAGCAAAGCACUCCCACACAAUAACACCUCCUCCUCCAUGCUUUAUGGUGGGAACUACACAUGCAGAGAUCAUCCGUUCACCCACACCGCGUCUCACAAAGACAGCGGUUUGAACCAAAAAUCUCAAAUUUGGACUCCAGACCAAAGGACACAUUUCCACCGGUCUAAUGUCCAUUGCUCGUGUUUCUUGGCCCAAGCAGGUCUCUUCUUAUUAUUGGUGUCCUUUAGUAGUGGUUUCUUUGCAGCAAUUCGACCAUGAAGGCCUGAUUCACACAGUCCCUUCUGAACAGUUGAUGUUGAGAUGUGUCUGUUACUUGAACUGUGUGAAGCAUUUAUUUGGGCUGCAAUUUCUGAGGCUGGUAACGCUAAUGAACUUAUCCUCUGCAGCAGAGGUAACUCCGGGUCUUCCAUUCCUGUAGCGGUCCUCAUGAGAGCCAGUUUCAUCAUAGCGCUUGAUGGUUUUUGCGACUGCACUUGAAGAAACUUUCAAAGUUCUUGAAAUGUUCAGUAUUGACUGACCUUCAUGUCUUAAAGUGAUGAUGGACUGUCGUUUGUCUUUGCUUAUUUGAGCGGUUAUUGCCAUAAUAUGGACUUCGUCUUUUACCAAAUAGGGCUAUCUUCUGUAUACCCCCCUACCUUGUCACAACACAACUGAUUGGCUCAAAUGCAUUAAGAAGGAAAGAAAUUCCACAAAUUAUAUUGUAAGAAGGCACACCUGUUAAUUGAAAUGCAUUCCAGGUGACUACCUCAUGAAGCUGGUUGAGAGAAUGCCAAGAGUGUGCAAGGCUGUCAUCAAGGCAAAGGGUGGCUAUUUGAAGAAUCUCAAAUAUAAAAUAUAUUUGAUUAGUUUAACACUUUUUUGGUUACUACAUGAUUCCAUGUGUGUUUUUUCAUAGUUUUGAUGUCUUCACUAUUAUUCUACAAUGUAAAAAAAUUUAAAAAUAAAGAAAAACCCUUGAAUGAAUAGGUGUGUCCAAACUUUUGACUGGGAGUGUUUAUGCGGAUACUACGCACUGAAACCAACAUGGAAACCUCUGCCAAUGGCAACACAGAUCCUGGACUAGAGGGCAUGCAAGAACCUGUUGUUACAGGACUAAUCCAGUGGCCUGGAGGCUCUCUCUCUCCCUCACACACACACACACACACGAUAAAGCCUAGAUAACGCUUCCAUUGAAGAACACACAGGGAGAUGUUUCCACCUCACACUUUGAGUGGCUAUGGGUUCUGUCGGAUGCUUUGAGGGGAUAAAACCAUAUUAGCCACUGACAGUAAAAUAGAAAAACAGUGUUUGGGUUUCCAUUCAUUUGACCUCAACACCAGCGAUCAGUCAGGAUUGA